CAAGAAUGGAUAUCAACCGUCACAAGCUCUCGUCUCCUUAUUUCCAGAUCGACUUCAGGGCAUCCAUUUCGAUACCCCCCAGAGCAUCUUGCAUGUCAAUCCUGAAGACCACCAACCUUUAUUUCCGUAUUCGUCCAACAAGUAGAUGUAGAUCCGGAUAUUAAUGGUUCCGCGGGAAUACAGUCGCUGAAACUAAAUUAUAGGGAGGUGCUGAAGAAUAAGAAUUGGCUUUGGCAUUGGACUGACACUGUCGUAGGAGGAAUUUCAGAUUCAAAAUUUCGCUUUCCUCGAAAGAAAUUGGUUUUAUUCACUUCUCGUUUUUUUUCAUUAUCAACAAAUUCUGGUGGUCGCUUUUCUUUCACUAUGCUCAGAUGAAAUAUUGGGUGUCAUCACUCUAUUAUGAGGAAUUUGUUUCGAUAUCGAAUAUACUCUACUAAUGAUGCAACAUUUCAUAUUUCUUAUUUUUUAAAAAUGUAACAACCUCCUCCAUAAAUACCACGAAGUCUAGAUUAGGACAGGUGGAUAAGUUUGGGAUCAUGUGUUGUAAGUGAUUUUUUUGGAUUAGUAUGCAUUUUCAUAAACAUACGGAAAAAAAAAAGAAAAUAUAGAGAAAAACAAUGUUUGUUGGAAUCCCUCAAGAAAUUAAUAGGUUUGCAUACUUUUGGUCAAUCCUUGCUUCACGAGCUGCUUCUAGCUUUGUGCCCGAUGGAGUAAUGUACUACUCAGUUUCUUCACACAUAACCUCGGCACUGCAAUUGCUUCCUGUACUAAAAGACCCUCAACCUCCUUCACGUCUUCUACUACGACCUCAAAGACGAGUAGUAUCAUUCUACUUGAGAAAAUCUAAAAAUGAUCAUUGCUGCCCACGGAUGUGUCUAUGGCAAGAGCAAACUUCAUUCGAUGUCGUUUGAAUUUGUGCAAAGCAUCCACGACCCUGACAAGCAUCAACAGAAAUGAGUGCACACUCUAACGAGCAUCAGUUCUUUUCUCGUGAGAAAGAGACGGACCAACAUGAC